AUGGCGCAUUUCCGUCGCUGCAACGAGAAAAAUGUGGACCUGAACCGCAACUGUCUCUUACCGCAGGAGUUCGAGAGGUUGCGAACCGAAGACAAACUUGCGACGAUCUACAGCAGUUUCGAUCCUCUGUUUAAUCCGACGGUGACGCCGAGUUGGUUCUACCGGAAUGUUGCCAUUUGGCCCCACAUGGCGUCCUACGUUGCUGCCUAUGGCUUUGGAUACAUCAAGACCGCGCUCGUCGGUGGCACAUACACCAAGGAUCAAGGGAUGUUCUUCGGCGGCCGUGAGUUGCAGAAAUCGCACGUUCUGCUGCGAGACUUCUUCAAAGAGCAUUUCGGCAAGCUGCCGGCAAAGGAGAUUGCAUGGGUCGACGUGCAUACUGGACUUGGCGCACAAGGCGUGGAUGUGCUUCUGGGCAAUUUCGAAGAUCGACAGCUCAUGGAUGAGAUCUUCCCCAAAGUGGAAGGGGAGUUCGAUGGAUUUCAAGGCGGCUUUGGCGUCUCCGCCCUCGACCGAAGGUGCGGCCCGGGCGAGCUGGACGUGAAUUCGGGCAGGUUCUCUUCUUCGCAGGCGGGUGGAUACGAGUACACGGUCGGAGUGCUGUCCGGAGAUUGGGUAACAUCCUGGUUUCCUCCAGAUUCUGGGCGAGCCCUCCUGGUGCAGCAAGAGUUUGGCACCCUUCCGUCGCUGGCGGUGGCGAGGGCCUUGAUGCUGGAAAACGUUGGCUUCCAUUAUGACCGCGGCAACCAUGACUUCUGGCGCACCUUCACGCAAGAUGCUUUCUACGUCAGGACCGACUUCUGGAAAGAGAGGGUGCUUCGCCGCGGCAUGGAUGUGUUCCAGAAGAUGGCGAAGACGUCGGGGAAGGGGCGAGGACGCGGCCGCGGUGCUGCCAAUGGCAAGGCAUGGUCAGCCUCGGAGAGCCCGACGCAGUCCCCCGUGCCUGCAGCGAUCCCUGAGGCAAAGGAGGCUCAGCCGAAGCUGCCACCAGAGCCGCCAGUCAAUGGCACCACCAUUAUGCUUCGAAAUCUUCCCACCAGGUUUUCGCAAGAAACCAUGCUUCAGCUUCUGAAUGACAACGGCUUUCAGGCAAAGUACGACUUUGUAUACUUGCCAAUGGAUUUCCGCAACGGCACGAAUCUUGGCUACGCCUUCGUGAACACUCUGACACAUCAGGAUGCACUUGCGGCCAUGGAGGUGUUCCAAGGCUACGCCGGUUGGGGCCAGGAGGGUGACAAGAGCUGCGAGGUUUCCUGGGCCCAUCCACAUCAGGGCCUCCAGGAGCAUGUUGAGCGAUACCGGAACAGCCCUGUCAUGCACCCGCUCACGCCGGAGGAGUACAAACCAAUGGUCUUCGCUAACGGACAGCGUGUCCCGUUCCCUGCGCCGACAAAGGCUAUUCGCGCACCCAAGCUGAAAACUGAACGGAAUGCCGGUGGUGCUGCAGGAGACGCAUAA